AUGAAGGGUCCUCGUUCUCGUCGUACCGACUCGCAGGCCGUGUCUUCAGACACCAAGGAUCAAAGAUCGGAUGCAGAAGCGUCCACCUCGCUGGCGCCACCUCCACGCCCUGCUGCGACGACCGCCAGCGAUACUCCCGAUUACUUCAAUUCCGUUCAUAAUCCAUUCUCGCUCGAACCCAAUCCCUUCGAGCAGUCCUUUGGCACUGGCAACUCGGGUGAAACCCCCGGAAAGUCGUUACUGCCUCCUGUCGCUGCCCUCACCUCUCCUGCCCUGCCUGGUGCAUCCUCUGGCGGUGGCUACAACUGGUCCAGCUCCCUGCGCUCAGGGCCCCUCAGCCCGGCAAUGCUCCCUGGCCCAACUGGAUCUAAUGACUACUUUGACAGUAUUGGUAGAGGCUUCCCGACUCCCAACGAGUCAUCGCUCCGGACAGGCUUGACCCCUGGCGGCGGUGGCUCUAUGUUCCCGGCCCCGAGCCCUAACUCCCAGGCGCUAUUGCAACAACUCCAAAGCGGCGGGGCUACUCCUUCCACCAUCGAAUUCCACCGUACCGCACUGGCCGCCAAGAAAAAUAGCGGGAACGGUCCUACCUCCAAUGCGAACGUUCCAGAGCCUACCUCCAACCCGACCAUGGACCAGAAACCUCCAAACACCGCCACGGACUUCACCCAACACGACGCAGCGGACGCGGCUAACGGCCUCUUCAUGCUUGCCAAGGGUGGCCAGGCGAACAAUAUGCAAAUGAAUCAGGCUCCUGUUAUGCAAAACGAGAGCCGUUCAUCGGCCGCCCGACGCGUGUCGCAAAAUAAUGGCGCGGGUGGUCGCGAGAUGAGCGGCGACGGCUCAGAGCAGGAACUCUCCAAGCCCGCUGGCAAGGGCAAGGGCAAGAAGAAUGCUCCCAAAGCAAAUGCUGCCAACAACCGGCGCAAAGCGGAUGAGCCUGCCAAGGGCCCCAAUAAGAAGGCUAAGAUGACGGAGUCACCGUCGGACGAUUCGGAGGAUGAGGAGAUGAGGAACUCCAAUAUGGAUCCGAAGAAGAUGACCGACGAAGAGAAGCGGCGAAAUUUCCUGGAACGGAACCGUGUCGCUGCUCUGAAGUGUCGUCAACGGAAGAAGCAAUGGCUCGCCAAUCUUCAAGCCAAGGUCGAGCUCUUCACGACGGAGAACGAUGCACUUACCGCGACGGUGACCCAGCUUCGUGAGGAGAUCGUGAACCUGAAGACGCUCCUGUUGGCUCACAAAGACUGCCCCGUCUCUCAAGCUCAAGGUCUGGGCCCGCUGAUGAUGAACGGCAUGUCGACUGGAUUUGACCCCCAUCCCUACGGUAUGCCCGGCCAAAUGGGUAUGCCGCCAGGUCCACCCAUCCCUGCCCAGGGUAUGCGCCGAGCGUGA